CUCACCGUGUUUUCUGAGUGGCUCUUCUGCCCUCAGUGAAGACUGGGACGGGGGAUGGUGGGUGCAUGUGCCCAGUCCCGUCUUGAAUGGAAGCUUCAGGUGAUCAAAUCCUAAUCUGAUGGGCAGUAACUUGCAACCUUUUAUUUGCCUUUCAGCUGACGUGGCCCAGCAGUUCCAGUACGCGGUGCGGGUCAUUGGCAGCAACUUUGCCCCAACUGUCGAAAGAGAUGAAUUUCUAGUUGCUGAAAAAAUCAAGAAAGAACUUAUCCGCCAGAGAAGAGAAGCAGAUGCUGCCUUAUUUUCCGAGCUGCACAGAAAACUCCAUUCACAGGGAGUUUUGAAAAAUAAGUGGUCAAUUCUCUACCUCCUGCUCAGCCUUAGUGAAGACCCUCGCAGGCAGCCAAGCAAGGUUUCCAGCUACGCCGCGCUGUUCGCUCAGGCCUUACCGAGAGAUGCGCACUCAACUCCCUACUACUACGCCCGGCCUCAGACCCUGCCCUUGAACUACCAGGACCGCGGGAGCCGGCCUCGGGGCCCCAGGCGACCGCCGUUGGGAGAUGCGAAAAGCCCUUCCUCUCUCAGACAGGCCCAUCCAGCCCCGGGGGUCGGAGACGGUCUUCGGCAGCAGCUGGGCUCGCGGCUCGCGUGGACUUUAAGCACGAACCAGCCUUCUUUACAAACCGCUACCUCCAAAGGUGUCCCCGGCGCGGCUUCGCGCGGUGUGACGAGGCCAAGGCGAGACGGGGACGCGGGCGGCGCCGUGGAAGUCACCGAGGCGGCCCUGGUCAGAGACGUCCUGUAUGUCUUCCAGGGCAUAGAUGGCAGAUACGUCAAGAUGAGCAGCACUGACAACUGUUACAAGGUGGAGGGGAAGGCAAACCUAAAUAAAUCCUUGAGAGAUACGACAGUCAGACUGGCUGAGCUGGGCUGGUUACACAAUAAGGUCAGGAAAUACACCGACCAGAGGAGUCUAGACCGUUCGUUUGGACUUGUAGGUCAGAGCUUCUGCGCCGCGCUGCACCAGGAGCUCCGGGAGUUCUACCGGCUGCUGUCCGUCCUGCACUCGCAGCUGCAGCUGGAGGACGAUCAGGGAGUGAAUUUGGGCCUUGAGAGCAGCUUAACACUCCGGCGCCUCCUGGUUUGGACGUACGACCCCAAGAUAAGGCUGAAGACCCUGGCGGCCCUAGUGGACCACUGCCAAGGAAGGAAGGGAGGCGAGCUGGCCUCAGCCGUCCACGCCUACACGAAGACGGGGGACCCCUCCAUGCGAUCCCUGGUGCAGCACAUCCUCAGCCUGGUGUCACGGCCUGUCCUGAGCUUCCUUUACCGCUGGAUAUACGACGGGGAGCUGGAGGACACUCACCACGAGUUCUUCGUGGCGUCGGAUCCGACAGUCAAGACGGAUCGGCUGUGGCAUGAGAAGUACUCGCUGAGGAAGUCAAUGGUGCCCUCCUUCAUGACGAUGGACCAGGCACGGAAGGUCCUUUUGAUAGGAAAAUCAAUAAAUUUCCUGCACCAGGUGUGUCACGACCAGACUCCCACUGCCAAGAUGAUAGCUGUGACCAAGUCCGCAGAGUCGCCCCAGGACGCUGCAGAUUUACUCACCGAUUUGGAAAAUGCAUUUCAGGGGAAAAUUGAUGCAGCUUAUUUUGAGACCAGCAAGUAUCUGCUGGAUGUUCUCAAUAAAAAGUACAGCCUGCUGGACCACAUGCAGGCCAUGAGGCGGUACCUGCUUCUCGGUCAAGGAGACUUCAUCAGGCACCUAAUGGAUUUGCUCAAACCAGAACUCGUCCGCCCAGCUACGACUUUGUAUCAGCACAACCUGACUGGGAUUCUUGAAACAGCUGUCAGAGCCACCAACGCCCAGUUUGACAGCCCUGAGAUCCUCAAAAGACUGGAUGUGCGGCUGCUGGAGGUCUCUCCAGGUGACACCGGGUGGGACGUCUUCAGCCUGGAUUACCACGUGGACGGGCCGAUCGCAACCGUGUUUACCCGGGAGUGCAUGAGCCACUACCUGAGGGUGUUCAACUUCCUGUGGCGGGCCAAGCGGAUGGAGUACAUCCUCACCGACAUCCGCAAGGGACACAUGUGCAACGCGAGGCUGCUGAGGGGCAUGCCAGAGUUCUCCGGGGUGCUCCACCACUGCCACAUCCUGGCAUCCGAGAUGGUCCACUUCAUCCAUCAGAUGCAGUACUACAUCACGUUCGAGGUGCUGGAGUGCUCUUGGGACGAGCUCUGGAACAAAGUGCAGCGGGCGCAGGACUUGGACCACAUCAUCGCCGCACACGAGGUGUUCCUGGACACCAUCAUCUCCCGCUGCCUGCUGGACGCUGACUCCAGGGCACUUUUAAACCAGCUCAGAGCCGUGUUUGAUCAGAUCAUUGAGCUGCAGAGCACGCAGGAUGCCAUAUACAGGGCUGCCCUGGAGGAGCUGCAGAGACGCCUGCAGUUUGAGGAGAGGAAGAAACAGCGGGAGGUCGAGGGACAGUGGGGCGUGACCGCAGCCGAGGAGGAGCAGGAGGCCCAGAGGACGCGGGAGUUCCAGGAAUCCAUUCCAAAGAUGUGCUCCCAGCUGCGGAUCCUGACACACUUCUACCAGGGCAUCGUGCAGCAGUUCCUGGUGUUGCUGACCACCAGCUCGGACGAGAGUCUGCGCUUCCUCAGCUUCAGGCUGGACUUCAACGAGCACUACCGGGCCCGGGAGCCCCGGCUCCGCGUGUCCCUGGGCGCCAGAGGGCGGCGCAGCCCCCACACGUGAGGCCCCGCGCGCACCGGCCGCGGGAGUGUAGCUGCGCUCUCACACGUUGGGGAUGAGUGUUCGUCACAUCACUGACUCACGUAGGCUGGCUUGCACUAUUCGAAUUUAUUUUCUAAAGUCUUCGUAUUUGAAAGACACCACACUUUGUUGAGGCUUCUCAAGCUCUCCACUAUAUAAUUUAUAUUUGUCACUUUUUAAAAAGAUCAGUUUCUUUUAGAGAAAAUUAAGGUGACGGAUACUCAUCAGUUAGGAUGGUAAUGUCGUUGCUGUUUUUUUAAAAUCCUCUUUAGAGGCGGAUUUUGUUAACGUAAUCAGAUUAGACUGAAGCGGAGUGUCCCUGCUAAGGAGCUGCGUGGAGCCUUUUGUCCUGGCUUCUGGUGCAGAGCGCCGGCCUCUGUAGGGGCCUGUCUGUCUCCGCGCAUCUACACGUGCUUGUUCUGUUUCCUCGUCCUUCACAGUUUGCAUUUUCACGUUGAAUUUACUCUUCCAGAUAACUUGGAAAAUAGUAGGAAAAGAGCAGGAGAGACGCAGAGCAGAACACCCUUGAGCCUGGGCUUCUUAGACCAUCGGCUGAAGCAGCUUGUAAAUAUGGGUGACGGGGAAGUUAAUGAAGUAUUUUAUUUUCACAGUUAUGAUGAGCAUUGGACAGAAGUUGACUUGAAUAAUGAAGAUUUCCUUUUUCCUCGCCUAUUUUUUCAUUGUAAAUAUUUAUAUACUACUGACCAGAUGUCGGGGACAUUUUUUGUAAAAAUGUCAUAUCACGUCACAUAGAUCUGCCUUUAUUAUGUUGCGUAAGUGAAACUUAGAAAAUUAAAAGCAAUUAUCUUUCAGACA